GCGAUCCUUUAAAAUGUUCUCUUCCUGAACUUGGUGAGUUUCACUUUCCGUUCAGCCUCAGUGUCAGAGCUCAACACCGCGGAACGGCACGAAAACACGGAGUUAAGCUUCACCUGGCGCUGAUUUCUCCUCCGUUUAAACCGUGAAAACACCGUUUGUCAGCGUUUAGUCGACCUGACGAAGCAGCUGUCGGAUGCGGGAACGGGACUUCGACAGUCCGAGCUGAAGAAGUGUAAGAAUGGCCUCUGAAGUUGCACCGAAGGUCGACUUGAAAGAGGCGGAGGAGCUAGCUGUCUCUCUGAGUGAAGCCCUGAGCAGCGGGGACAGUGAGGAGGCCGUUAAACUGUGUCACAGGCUUUCACAACUCUGUGUUCCAGUGUCUGUCACUAUCAACAGCCAGGCCUACCCUCAGGACUCCAUCAGGCUGAAGGUUGGAGUGGAGGAUGCUCAGUCAGAUACCUACAUCCCAGUGACUGUGCUGGUUUCUGCUGGAAUGACAAUCGCACAGCUGAAAGACAAGAUCAGCCAUGACUUCGGGUUCCACCCUCUGCUGCAGCGCUGGGUGAUCGGGAAGCGGCUGGCUCAGGACCAGGACACGCUGUACAGCCACGGCGUCCGUCACAACGGGGACCAGGCCUUCUUGUUCAUCCUCUCCGCCCAAGCUGCUCACCUCACGCGCCAUCAACAGAAACAGGACCAGGAGCAGCAACGCAUAGAGGGCAUCGUGGAGUCGAUGGAGGCGAUGCAGCUUUUUCCCAGAGGGCUGGGGGGAGGUGGUGCUGACAGGGCAGAGAAGGCAGCUCCUCCUCCACCUAAACCCCCGACUGCUGCCAAACCUCCUGUGCCUCCUAAACCUCAGCUGGGCUGGGCCUGUAGUCAGUGCACAUAUGUGAACAAGCCAACACGUCCCGGCUGUGAGAUGUGUGGAGGGGAACGGCCAGAGGAUUACGAGGUGCCUGAAAUCUACCAGCCGGACCAGGACGAGGUUCUGCGGAUCCAGCAGGAGCAGCUGGCCACGCUGCAGUACGAGCAGGCUCAGCGGGAGGAACGAGAGAGGAACUACAUGCAUUUGUUGGCAACAGAAGAACAGAACCUCAUCCCCAACGCCACAGAGGUCGACUGUCCCAUCUGCUUCUCCACCCUGGAGCCAGGAGAGGGCAUCGUGCUCAGAGAGUGUCUGCACACCUUCUGCAGGGAGUGUUUAAAAGGAACAAUAGUGAACAGUCAAGAUGCUGAGGUGUCGUGUCCAGACAAAUGUGACAGUAAGCUACUGGACCGAGAAAUCAAAGAGCUGCUGACUGAAGAAGAGCACCAGCGGUUUCUGGAGCUGCGUCUGAGCAUCGCAGAGAGCCGAGCAGAGCACAGCUUCCACUGUCAGACUCCAAACUGUCGAGGAUGGUGCGUCUACGAGGACGAGGUCGAUGAGUUCCACUGCGAGCUCUGUGAUGAAACCAACUGCAUCCUCUGCAGGGCCAUCCACAAAGGAAUGAAUUGUAAGGACUACCAGGACGACCUGCGCAUCCGAGCAGAGAACGACCAGGCGGCUCAGCAAACCAAGCAGAUGCUGGAGACCAUGCUGCAGAACGGGGAGGCCAUGAAGUGUCCACGGUGUGACAUCAUCGUCCAGAAAAAAGACGGCUGUGAUUGGAUCUGCUGUUUGAUGUGCAGGACAGAGAUCUGCUGGGUCACCAAGCAAGCUCGCUGGGGGCCGAACGGAAGUGGAGACAUAUCUGGUGGGUGUAGAUGUCGAGUCAAUAAUCAGCCCUGCCAUCCAAACUGCCAGAACUGCCACUGAGGCCAGCACACUAAUGAACACGUAUGAUAACAUGCACUAUCUGAAGAAAUGCAGCCCUCAGCUGAUGCUCAGGCCUCUGGUUUAAUGCUGCAUUCAUGUGUUCUUUUGAUUUAUUUUACAGACUUUCAGCCCUGGUCUCAGUGACAGGACACUGCUCUGUAGUUGUCCUGCUUCUGAGGCUCAGCUUUCUUUAAUGGUGCAGUUACUAUAGAUAAAAAUGCUUUAUACCAGCUAUGCAAACUGCAGCUACAUCUUCCACAUCUCUGCACUGAAUAGGAUCUUCUGCUUUAAGAACUUUUUGUGAUGAAUCGAUGCUCAAUAUGAAGUUUAUUUUGACCUCUGGUGGCUGCUGCUUUCAUCACGACUCAGUUUGAUGAGACAGCCAUGAUUCUGUGCUCAGCAUUUUUAAGGCUUUUACUCUAAUACGGUUUGUAAAAAUGUAAAUCACAGCCAACAGGUUAGAAAUAAGGAAUUUCCUUCUUAUGUGAAGUACGGCUUCAACUAAUUAACUACAACCAACAUUCAUUCAUGAAUAAUUUAUUGUUUUCUUUUUUUUCCAACAUCUCAUCAUCUCGUCUACAAAACACCAGAACAACUGAAUAAAUGUUAGGAUUACUGGAGUAACUAAACUGUAACUAAACUGAACAGAAGGUUUUAUGAAGCUGACGAUUGAUAAAUGAUGACAAUUAUUGAUUAGUAACGGGAAAUGUAAACAAUGGAUUUUUCUCUGUGUGGUGAAGGACGUUGUUUUAAGUGUUUACAGUGAAUGAAUGUUCAUAAUGUCAAACAAGCUGCUCUUUAAAGUAUCAGGUUUAAAACAAGGUGGAGAAAUAAUGAUGCUGUAUUUUUGUAAAGUAUCCAGUUCUGUAGUUCUCAAGUGUUCAUUCCAUAAGAUUUAUAGUAACCAAUGCAAUUAAAUGUGUACAAUAUACCUGUAUGUUUAAGGGGUUUCACCUUUACUCACCUUUGUCUUAAAUAACUUUAGUUUGUCUUCAGUCAUGUCAGAUGAAAUGAAUAACCUGAGCCUUUUAGAGGAAGUUCACCUCUGCUACUUGAGCAAAAAAUAUGCCAUUAAAAAUCCUUUUGCUUUUAAGUUUGAUUUACACGUUACAUGUUAUACUUUGUCAGGUUUAGUUCAACAUUCUUCAGCUCUUCUUUUUUGUUUUUAAGCACCACUUGUAAACUACACAUUGGAUUAAAUGAGAUUGUUCAAGAGUGACAAGUUUUUCAGUUUAAUAUUAAAAUGUGCAGUGUAAUCAUUCAUUGCCUAUGGAGACAGUGCAUGUAUUUAAAGCUUUAACUUGUGUUACACUGCACUCACAGGCCUUCUGGUAUUAUUGGAAAACAAUGAAAUGUUAGUAAUCAAAGUGCAACUGAAGUUAAAAUCUAUCUGAGGCUGAUGAAGUAAAGCUGAAGCUGACAAAGAGCAGCUGAAUGUAACUAAAGCUCAUUGAACUAAUCCUGAUAAAUACAGAUACAGAUUAAUUUAAUUGUAUUAACUUAUUCAGGUUAACGAUGUGGGAAAAAACAGAUUGAUGGAAUGGUUUAAAGGUCCAGGUGGAUCCUCCGGAUCUGAAGAAUAUCUCUGCUGUAUCAGAACGGUGUUAAAGUCCCUCUCCGCUCUGUCUGACCUUCACUGUGCAGUCGUGCAUUAGUUUGACACCAGAGGCCUGUUUCACCUUCAUCAUCACAACUGGUUUACAACCUAAUCAUGGUCCAAUAUACAACGUACUCAGGUGUGAUUUGGAUGUUUCUGAUGUGCAGCUGUGUCCAAACAAAUAACACUGUUCAGUUUCACUCAAGUUUAUUAGCAUUCUCUUAUACAACUUUACAUUAGUAUGACAGUUUUAUUAUAACAAAAUAAACAUGAACAUAAAAGGCAGAAAAAAAUCAGUUAGUGCAAUGAAAAUAAAUGAAAACCGCUGAGUGCAGAUACAUGUUGCAUUACAAUACUGCUGAACAGCUACACAGGCACCUCAGAGCAUCCCUGGACGUCCCAGGUCACCUUCAUCAGUCUGUCGAUGUCUCACCAGCUGAGUCAGUGGUUCACUACAAAGGCAACGAAUCGAUGGAGCAG